AUGUCCAUUGACCCGAAACUUCUUUCAAAUUUUCCUGUCAUUGCGGCAACAUUGGGACUCUUAAUUGGUGGCAAGACUAUACUGGUGGCACUGAUUGGUAGACUUUUUGGUAUUUCAAUCAUAUCUGGCAUAAGGGCUGGUUUUCUUCUUGCUCCAGGGGGAGAAUUCGCAUUUGUGGCUUUUGGUGAAGCUGUUAAUCAGGGUAUAAUGUCCUCUCAGCUAUCCUCGUUGUUGUUCCUUGUUGUAGGGAUCUCAAUGGCCCUCACACCAUGGCUCUCGUUUCGAGCUUGUUGA